CUUGACCCCGCCUCAUUCCCAUUCGUAUUUUCCCACGCCCCACUCACCACCCACUCAAAUCAUGGCAGCAGACGACAUGGACAUCCCCGCCCCCCAGGACUCGGCCCUCACAGCCCUCUACGCCCCCAAACCGGUCCGUCCGGGACAUCCGGUGCCGCACAUCACGAGUUUGGAGGAGUACAGCGAGCGGUGGAAGAGGAGUUUGGCGGAGCCCAAUGCGUUCUUUGGGGAUUUGGCGAAGAAGUUGUUGAGUUGGAGCAGGCCUUUCGACGUCGUUUCGUUUGGCGACUUCACAGCCGGCAACGUCUCGUGGUUCCUCAACGGCCAACUCAACGCCUGCUACAACUGCGUCGACCGGCACGCCCUCACCACGCCUGAAAAGAUCGCUAUCAUCUGGGACUCGGACGAGAUCGGUGUCCAUCGAUCGAUCACGUUUGGGGAGGUUCUGGCGGAGGUGUCCAGACUGGCGAAUGUGUUGAAGGCCUAUGGGGUGGGGAAAGGGGAUGCGGUUGCUGUUUAUAUGCCGAUGGUUCCGGAGGCGGCGUAUGCUAUGCUUGCUUGUGCGAGGAUUGGGGCUAUUCAUAGCGUGGUGUUUGCAGGCUUCAGCGCCGACGCACUCCGCGACCGGAUCCUCGACGCCAAAUGCAAAGUCCUCCUCACGGCCGACCAAGGCAAACGCGGCGGCAAAACCAUCCACCUCAAGAAAAUCGCCGACGAAGCCCUCGCCGAAGCACCCUGCGUCGAAAAGGUCAUCGUGUUCCGUCGGACAAACGACCCGUCCGUGCCGUUCACAUCCCCUCGGGAUGUCUACUGGGACGAGGAGGUCAGCAAACAGCGCCCGUAUUGCCCGUGUGAGCCCAUGGUUUCGGAGGAUCCGUUGUUUAUGCUGUAUACGUCGGGAAGCACGGGGAAGCCGAAGGGCGUGCUGCAUACGACGGCGGGGUACCUUUUGGGAGUCACGGCGACGACGAAAUAUGUGUUCGACUUGCAUGAGGGGGAUGUCCAUGGGUGUAUGGCUGAUGUCGGAUGGAUUACGGGACACUCGUACAUCCUGUACGGCCCUCUCUCCAACGGCGUGACGACCGUCAUGUUCGAAAGCAUUCCGACGUACCCCAACGCUGGCCGUUACUGGGACCUCGUCGACACCCACAAAAUCACCUCCUUUUACACCGCCCCCACCGCCAUCCGCGCCCUCCGCCGUCUCGGCGACGAGCACGUAGCCCGCUACGACCUCAGCACACUGCGCACUCUCGGCUCCGUCGGCGAACCCAUCAACCCCGAAGCCUGGCUCUGGUACCACGACAUCGUCGGCCGCGGCCGCUGCAACAUCGUCGACACCUACUGGCAAACCGAAACCGGCUCCAUCAUCGUGACGCCCAUGCCCGGCGCCACACCCACCAAACCGGGCUCAGCCACCCUCCCCUUCUUCGGCAUCGACAUCGCCGUCCUGGACCCAACAACCGGCCAAGAGCUGGCAGGUAACAACGUCACCGGCGUCCUCGCCAUCCGCAACAGCUUCCCCAGCGUCGCCCGCAGCAUCUACAACGACCACGCCCGUUUCCUCGACACCUACCUCAACCCUUACAAAGGCUACUACUUCUCCGGCGACGGCGUUACGCGCGACGAGGACGGGUACUACUGGAUCCGCGGGCGCGUCGACGACGUGAUCAACGUCGCGGGGCAUCGGCUCUCCACCGCGGAAAUCGAGUCGGCGCUCAUCCUCCACCCGGCGUGCGCGGAAGCGGCGGUGAUUGGCGUCCCGGAUGAAGUCACGGGGCAGGCGAUCGUGUGCUUCUGUACCCUGAAAGCGGGCGAUGAGGGCGAUAUUGCGGCAGCGUUGAAGGCGCAGGUGCGGACGCACAUUGGGCCGUUUGCGACGCCUAAACGGGUUGUUAUCACGCCUGAGUUGCCCAAGACACGGUCGGGCAAGAUUAUGCGACGGAUUUUGAGGAAGGUGGCCGGGUUGGAGGUUACUGAGAAAGAUUUGGAGACGGAGGAUGGGUUGAGGGAGAAGUUGGGCGAUUUGACGACUUUGGCUGAGCCGGGGAUUGUGGCGGUGCUUGUUAAGAUCUUUGCCGGGCGUACGUGAGGAUGUGACAUCCUUUCGAACUUUUUUAUCUGUCACUCGGACUAAGGGUACAGACACGGCGUUAUUGUGUGGCUAUGUGUUUCUUUCCCAUCCUGUGGUGGUUGCCUUUUUUCUGUUUCGGUAAUCUAGCAUUCAUCAUACGAGCCCACCUUUGAGUUUGCGGGUGGCAUCCUUCUCUUGUGCAUAAACUUGUGCAUCUGGACCCUAUUGCAGCAUAACUAACGUUGUUUUUCAUAUGUGGUGGGGUUAGUCUUCGGGUGGCAUGUGCGGUAUACAGUUUCUCAGACCAGGAGAAGGGGCAACUCUUCCUACGACGCUCACUACAGCCCACCGCUGAACGGGCACUCUGUAC